AUGAACUUCGCUCCCUUCUCCGGUCACACGCCGGCCGCGUCCCAGAUGCCUACGAUCCACCAGUUCGCGGCGAAGUUCGGCUAUGAAGGCAGCGGCAGUACUAGCAGCAGUGUGGUGCAAGAAACGAGGUACCAGGCCACCGGCAGUAAUGUGCAGUUCGCCGUUACACCGUCGAGCGGAGUCACUGUAGACGGCGUCAAGUUCAGACAGGCCGAGAGUGUUGUGGUCGUCAGCAACUCUCAGCCAGGAUCUGUCACACUAGCUGGUAUACCGCCCAUACAUUCUGUCAAUGCGGGUGUGAAAUACCAGAGUAUAACAGCGACAUCAUCAACUGUGAACGUGGGUAACAUCGCGUACGGAGGGAGCGGGCAAGUGGGCUACGUGCAGGAGACGGUGUUAAAGGGAGAGCAGAGGGACAAGAGGGAGUACAGAGAGGAACACCAUGAUAUCAUGACUUCUAUGCUGCAGCAACAUCAAGUGAGUCAAGCACCUCUGCAGCAGGGCACGCAGCAAUUAGUGGUGGUUCUUCACGAGCCCAAGGAGGGCGCAGCACUAGCUCGGGCCAUCAAGCAGGAGGGACGAAACCAACGCGAAUUCUCCAAUGUACCCACGGAGUUUAUUAGUAUAGGUGAAGUGGAAGGGACUUGGCUCGGAGGCGGCGUGGCGGACUACCUCUCAGCAUUACCGUUACCGCUACACCAUCUGUUGAAGUACUCCGACAAACGCGAGGAACCCACCAUAGUCACUGUAACGAAUUCACUCCCUCCUAUGUCUACUCUUACUUCGGUGCCCACCAACGUCGUGAACAGUGUCGUCGUUCAAACAGCUACGAUAGUGAGUCCUGUUAUAAAUGCCACAGUCAGUUCUAACAUCAAUGUGAACGCCAUUACGAUGGCCAAGAAAAAGAAGAAGAAGAAAGCUCUCAAGGAAAAGAAGCCGAGACCAAAACCCGGGGAAAUACGAUUGACGACUGCUCUAGAUGGAAGUACUCUUUAUUGCUGCCCGGAGUGUCAUAUGGCAUACCCUGAACGCGGUCUUCUGGAUCAACAUCUCGUGGGACACACAAUGGAAAGAAGAUUUAUUUGCGACAUAUGCAACGCGGCACUCAAGCGUAAGGAUCAUUUGACGAGACACAAGCAGUCCCACAACCCUGAACGGCCUCACGUCUGCUCCGUGUGUCUGAAAGCCUUCAAACGCAAGGAACAGCUCACACUACACUUUAUAAUACACUCGGGAGAGAAGAGACACGUGUGCAACGAGUGUGGGAAAGGUUUCUAUCGCAAGGAUCAUCUCCGCAAGCACACACGCUCACACAUCGCGCGACGAGUCAAAGCUGAACUAUCUCAACAAUCGAACACGCCACCGCUCUCACAGACGGUACCAGCUCCCCCAUUAGAGCCCUCUUGA